AUGGGACGCCCCAACAUCAGUGUCUUACGUUUUGAAUAUUGCAAACUGAAUGCUGUGCGUCGCGACUUCAAGGAUAUAUCCUUAAAAAUGGUUGUGGUGCAUAAACCGAUCAGGAACUCUGUGAUCACAAUACAAUUCCUCAAGCGCUCAAAUGGCUACAAGCCUUUUAUGCCCGACUUAAAGUUGGAUGCCUGCAGUUACCUGAAGAAACGCAACAAUUUCAUAAUGAACACGCUAAUGGAGGUUUGGGGCAAAUAUUCGAAUAUGAAUCACACUUGUCCCUAUGAUCACGAUUUGAUUGUUGAAAAGAUGCGUUUCACCGAAUCCGAUUUUCGUUGGAUACCAUUUCCACACGGCGAAUAUGCUUUUUAUGCUAAGUUUGUUUUUAAUCAUGUAUUAGCUGCACAAAUUGACUUUUUCCUAAGUAUUUUACAAGAUUGA